CAAAAGUCAAAAAUCUGAAGGGCAGUGACAAUGGCUGACCCACAGUGUCCGUCUGAACUGAAACAAGGGAAGGAAGUCAGUCCUAAUCAAGGUUCUCAAACCAAUCAGAGGAGAUUUCAAUUAGCAUCUCUCCAUCGCACCUGGUACACCUACAGAUGAACUGCUGCUGGCUGCAAACAUCAAACCACAGUCAGAUUCUCACUCUCUUUUGCCUGCGGUACAUCGCCAAAUCGUUAAAUGGAUUCAGUACCAAAGGUGGAUGAGCUGUAUCCUACCCCUCCACCAUUCUUCUUACCAGAUGGAAGUCAGUCAGGGCAAGAUGUGAGAAUCUACCAAAUUCACUCACCUUUCAGCCCUCCACCACCUCCUUCCUUCUCCUUUUCUCCUGGAGUUGGCUGCUCCACCCAAACCCACACAUCUCUAUCAGUGUCUGCGCUCCCCCUGUCUACUCCCAGGCCAAAGUUUGUGGCCUAUGAAAGGGAGCUGUAUCGCUCUCCGGCUCUGACAACAUGCCCUUCUUGUCAGACGCGGGUCACGACCCAGGUCACCUACAAAGUUGGGUUUCAAGCAUGGCUCAUGUGUUUUGUGUUUGUGUUGUGCGGGUUGGUGCUUGGAUGUUGCCUGAUUCCAUUAUUUGUGAACUAUUUCAAGGAUGCCUAUCACACUUGUCCUCGCUGUCAACGAGUUCUGCAUAUACACAGGAAGACAUGUUGUACAUGAACACACAAGCUAAACUACCUAUAGUUUGUGUUUUUUCACCUUAACAGAAGAUUGCAGUAAAAUGUGUGCAUACCUGUCUUGACGUAGGUCAGCAUAACUUUAAAAUAUACCCGUAUACAGUAUGUUUUAAUGUAAUGUUAGUUCCUGUCAUGUGAAAUUAAUUUUUUAAUCUAUAUUUAAAUCAUGUUUUGUAACUAUCAUCUCAAAUAAAUGUUUUCUGUGGCAAAUGUUACUUCAUGUUUGUCUCCAUAAAAGCAGACCACACAACAGAUAAACAUACUAAGCAUGGACACAAGCAAUUGUGUAUAGUUUGUCCUAAACAAAUGUCUGCAGAUGAAAUUUGCAUUUCAGCAGCUAUCUUUUCCAUCCCCUGAUAAAGACCAUGAUGCCGCCACGAGAUACUGUCAAAUGCUGUGGGAAAAGCUAGUAAUUGGACGUUGACUCGUCAAACAACUAAUAUUCAAGGUCAAUAAUGAAGUUUCAUGCUUAAGUUAGGCUUGGUUUCCACAUAUCUUCAUUUCCACUACAGGGCUCAGUACCUAUACCAAUUCCCACCUUACUUUCUCUCAUCAAUACAGCCUGUGUGGAUUAAGCCUGCAUGUGCACAUGUAGUGUGCGUAGUAAACGUGUCCUCACUGACACCAGAGGAUUAAAAGUGAGUUUAUUUUAGAUCUUUGAGCUUCGGAGCAUUUCAGAUGCAGCAAAACCCUUUAUUUCCCUCUCCUGAGGUUGUACACUCCCUUUUAAAGCGUGCUAUGCCACGCCUUCCUGCCACUCAGGCAUUUGAUUCUGUGAGGAUGUCUGCUGUUCCAGGGUAGAUGAGCUCUGGUGGAUCCCUGCAGCAACACACUGCUGACCCCUGCAUGGCUGAGGAUGCAUCGGUUUCCUCCUUACUACCCUCGUCUUUUUUCAUCCAGCGCUUCAAAUGCAAAACUGAACUCUUCUUCUACUUGAUCCUGUGUGUUGCCAAAAUGCCAUUCAUACCACCUGUGUCGAUUGUACGCUCUGUGUCAGGAUUGACCGGGAAGGAGAGACCUUUCAACAGCACUUCAUCUACAACUGCUGUGGCCAAGACGAAGGUCCAAAGAGAAGACAAAGGCAGCUCAGUGAAGCAGCGGCUGGCUUCGAACCUCAAGCAGCUGGGGAAGAAGAGCCAACCCAGGAGUCAUCUGCCAACUGCCAAAGGAGUGUCAGGGACAGAGCUGCUUGCAAAGAGAAGGGACCGAUUGUUGCCUUCAUCACAAUCGGGCAGCUUCGCUGCUUCCAGCUCGGGCGAGUCCCUGUCUAAAACACAGCAGCACAAAAAUGCAAGCCAGAGCUCUCUAAAGAGUGAACCAGAGGUGAAGACGAGGGCCAGGCAUCAGGAGGAGGCCCGUUUCACACUGACUCUCACACCUGAGGCUGUUCUGCUCCUGCAAAAGAGGAACAGUGAGAGACGACAUUCAGCGUCUAGACAUGCUGGAAGCGGAGGUGGUGUUUCUGGAAGCACCUCGGACUCCAGACGCAGGAGGGAAAGUAUCUCUAAAAGGCAUCAACCAGCAACACAGAGACGCGGCGCUCCAAACAACAGAGUCGCUGCUCAAACCAACAGUGAUGCUGAACUCUUAGACAUAAGCUCAAUUGUGAAAAUCUCACUUCUAAACGAGCAACAUAAGUAUGAUGAUGUGGAGUAUGAGGAAGAGGAGGACUAUGGUGUGGAUGAGCGUGUGGUGCUGAAAUGUACAGAGUGGCUCCGUGGGUUGGAAAACACACCAGUAACAGUGAGAAACAGCCUGACUAAGAGUGCAAGCUCUGUGAAAAGUUUCUAGAGGUGAAACGCUUAAUUGAGGUGUUAUCUUGUCCAAUCUGAGAUUGAACUGCAGUUCUUGUUUGUGUUGGAUAGUUGCAAUUUGAAGAUGUGCUUGUGUUAUGUAUCCCCUGGUACUCUGUGUUUGUCUUGUGAAUGCAUCUAGGAUCAGUAUGAAAACUGUAUGAUUUUUCUGAGCCCAGUCCUGCUAAGAUAUUCAUCCAUUGUGACAGUGUUAAAGUUUUUAUGAAACUGACAGGGAAUUUUGGCAUGUUCAUGAAAUGUUCUGUUUCAUUUGAUCCAUCUUCAGUCAGAGGGGAAGUAAAACUUAAGGCAUUCAUAUUUGCUCUGCACA